UGUUGGCAGGGAAGGGCGGGGUUUGUUUUGAAGCAGAACACUCUCCAGGCAAGAUGGCGGCCGCGGGGUCUGUCCAACGGUCCGGGAAGGCGACGGACGCUGGCGAGUCCCGGUCCGGUGCCGGACUCGGCACCGCGUACGGAUCCGCCUCCUCGUGUCCGCCCGCGCACGACGCCGAGACACGCGCCGCCUGCGAGCAUGCGCGGUCCGCCGGCAGCCCGCCCUGCUCGGGCCGGGGUCGACGGAGGACCGAGGCCGAGAGGGGCAUUGGCGAGGCGGCCGCGAAGGACGCCGAACACCGGAGAGGACCGACAGACUUGUUUGUUUGUCCAAGUGUGGUCCAGAUGUCCGCAGAGGGCCCAAACACGAAGCACAAGUUGUCGGUGUGCGAGGACCGAGAAGAGGUAAAGAGGAGGAGCCAAUGCAGAGAUGAGCCUGGAGUUUUGUCGGACUCUGAGAACGAGGUGCCCAUUGGCAGAAGGAUCAGGACCUUGUCUGCUUUUGUUAGGAGAACCAGAACCUCUUCCGGCAUCAUCAGGUCUUCUCAGAGGAGCCGCAGCUGCACGUUGGAGCAAAGAGGAGGGAAGCUAAAACUGGUCUCGCAGGCGACUAUGUUGGACAGAGUUGGCGUAGGUCACAGCUUCACGGCCGGAAUUCUCCUGUCGUCCGAGAACAGUCGCUGCGUCUCGGCACCCGCUUCAGCUCCUGAACGCCGACCGGCCUGGCGUACGGCAAUGGCAUCAUCCGCCACACCCAUGAGCUUCCCUCAGUUUGGAGCGGAGCGCUCAAUCAGUCCUGAGAGCAAUGACAGCAUCUCGGAGGAGCUGAACCACUUCAAACCCAUCGUAUGCUCGCCGUGCACACCGCCCAAGCGUCUGGCGGACGGCCGACUGCUGGAACCCACCAUUGUGAAGUCCACGCCUCGGAAUCUAACUUGUGGCCUGUCCAAGCUCACGACCUACGAGGCCAGCCCGGCCGUGCUGCAGAGGUGGCGGCAGAUUGAGCUGGACCGCCAAAGCUUCAAAGUCAACUCAAAGGCCACGCUGACCAGUCCCAUCAAGGAGCUCCAGGACAGCGGGGGGGCAUCCUCGGGGGGGCGGGGCGGCACCACCAACAAGAGAAAGCUGGUGUUCGACCCUCCGAGCGCAGACGGCGACGCCUUCCAGAAACAGACGGUCAAGAUCCGCGUCCCCGCCGUCCGCUACAGCAGCGAGGUGACUUUCAGAGGAAGUUCCGACUUUGAGACAACGGUGGGUGUUCCGGAGGUGCGAGGGGGAGGGGCUUUGUUUGGCCGCAGACAUUCUUUCUCUCCUUAUGCGCACAAGUCGGGCUUCCAGUCCUGUAAGAUGGUGCCAAAGGACUCGUCAAGCCCCCAUAAGGAGCCCGACAGCGGCGUCCGAUACCAGACGACUACCUCAAAGAGGAGCAGGAAGAGCCACCAGAAGACCAAACACCUGGACCAGGAUCGGGACUCAGAUCGUGUGGCCCCGGAGGUCUUUGACGAGCACCUCCUCCGCACCAUUCGACAGGAGCGGCGGGACCGAGCGCUUGCUGUGAAGCUGCAGAGACAGUUUGACCGAGAGAGCAACCCCUGCCGGACCAGUCCUGACAAGUACUUCCUGCGCUCCUGGAUGUCCAAUCAGAACCGCAGGAGGCGCGGCCUACGACGCUCUCGGCGUAUCAGCAAGCAGCGCUAGUCAAACCAUGGAAUCCAAACACUUUUUUUCCACCACCAUCUUCAUUAUUUCCUGAUGCUAACUGGCACUAAAUGAUCCUGCUGUAAAAAAAGAAUCAAUCAAUCAUGUCACAUGACUUUUCCUCUCUCCUUUGUGCUAACAGAUUGAUGUGCAAGGAGGCAAAUGUUAGCUUGCUGGUACAGCAAACACAAAGUUGACCAACGAUGACUUUGCUUCUACUGCAGUAUUUUUUUUCACAUAUUUGCUUCUUAUCAUUGAUUCUGAAAAUCAGCAUAUUUUUGACUUUGGAUUUUUGGCGCAAUGUCAGGGUGUUCAAUUUCCAUCAUCAAUAACUUUAAACAAGCUUAUAAACACACACACACAUAUAUAUAUGUACAUAUAUAUAUAUAUGUGUGUGUGUCUAUAUAUAUAUAUAUAUAUAUAUAUACUGUAUAUUUUAGGGGGUGUUCUAGUCUCCUCCACACUGAAGGGCUUUUUUUCUUGACAUGCCAGCUUUAAUUUUCUUUCUACAGCAAAGACGUUAUGCACAUUUUCUAAACUAGCUGAUGAGUGUUGGAUGAUGUAGCAGAGUGCCAAAUGACUGUUUGAAACUGUGACAUUUUGUAUGACAGCACGUCUAAAUUAUUAAAAAGUUGAAACAAUCAUCACCGUCGAAG